AUGUCUAUGGCACGAUCUGGAGGAGGUGGAGGUGCUUUUGGAAGGCUCAGUGGAGGAGGUGGCGGCGGCGGUGGCGGCAGCGCUGCUUUCGGCAGCAGGAGCCUCUACAACCUUGGUGGUAGCAAGAGGAUUUCCAUUGGUGUUGGAAGCAGCUUUCGGGCUGCUUUUGGAGGUGGAGCUGGUGGUAGCUCUGGCCUGGGAAGUGGCGGUGGUGGCAGCUAUGGAUUUGGCAGUGGUGGAGCUGGUGGUGGUCUUGGACUUGGUCUAGGUCUUGGUGGUGGAGGUGGUGGAGGUGGAGGUGGAGGAUAUGGCUUUGGUGGAAGUGCUGGUGGGCUUGGUUUUGGUGGUGGACAUGGAGGUGGUGGAGGCUUUGGUGGAGUAGGUGGACUGGGAGGAAUCCAAGAAGUGACCAUCAACCAGAGUCUUCUUGCACCCCUGAACCUGGAGAUUGAUCCAAAUAUCCAGCAGGUGCGAAAAGAUGAGAAGGAGCAAAUCAAGACCCUCAACAACAAAUUUGCUUCUUUCAUUGACAAGGUUCGCUUCUUGGAGCAGCAGAACAAGGUGCUUGAGACCAAAUGGACACUCUUGCAGGAGCAGGGUCAAAAAAACAAUACAGGCAAAAACAACCUGGACCCACUCUUCGAGGCUUACAUCAACAACCUGAAACGGCAGCUGGCCAGCCUGCUCAACGAACGGGGACGCAUGGAUGGGGAGCUGAAGAACAUGCAAGACCUCGUUGAGGAUUUCAAGAACAAAUACGAAGAGGAAAUCAACCGGCGCACAGCAGCGGAGAAUGAAUUUGUGGUGCUUAAAAAGGAUGUGGACGCUGCCUACAUGACCAAGGUAGAGCUUGAGGCCAAGGUGGAUGCCCUCACCGAUGAACUUAACUUCCUCCGAGCCCUCUAUGAUGCGGAACUGGCUCAGCUCAGUGCACAGGUGUCCGACACCGCUGUCAUUCUGUCCAUGGACAACAACCGGGACCUGGACCUCAGCAGCAUCAUAGCUGAAGUCAAAUCUCAGUACGAAGACAUUGCUAACAGGAGCCGGGCAGAGGCUGAGGCUUGGUACCAAAACAAGUUUGAAGAGCUGCAGGCCACCGCUGGGAAGCAUGGAGAGGACCUGCGCAACACAAAGGGAGAAAUCUCAGAGCUCAGCCGGCUGAUCCAACGAAUCCGGUCAGAGAUAGAGAACGUGAGGAACCAGUGCGCCACCCUGCAGACGGCCAUCGGAGACUCCGAGGAGCGUGGGGAGCUGGCCCUCAAGGAUGCCAAGGCUAAGAUGAUGGAGCUGGAAGACGCCCUGCAAAAAGCCAAAGCUGACAUGGCCCGGCAGCUCCGUGAGUACCAAGAGCUCAUGAACAUCAAGCUGGCCCUGGACAUCGAGAUUGCUACCUACAGGAAGCUGCUGGAGGGAGAGGAGAGCAGACUGAGCGGAGAAGGACUGAACCCCAUUAGCUACUCUGUGAUCAGCUCCAGCUCUGGAAUGGCUGGCGGAGGAGGAGGAUUUGGUGGGCUGAGCCUAAGUGGAGGAGGCGGCGGAAGCGGUUUAGGUCUCGGAGGAGGCGGCGGAAGCGGUUUUGGUCUCGGAGGAGGCGCUGGUGGUGGAAACUACAGCUUUGGAAGCGGAGGAGGACUUGGUCUCGGAGGUGGCAGUGGCCUCGGAGGUGGAUAUGGAGGAGGCAGUGCUCUUGGCCUGGGAGGAGGCAGCAGUCUUGGCAUCGCAAGUGGUCAUGGCUAUGGAGGAGGAGGAGGUGGCAGCGGGCUGAGCACUGGAGGAGGGAAUUUCAGCUCUGGAAGUGCAAAAGGCACCAACCCAGGUGUGAAAAUCGUCUCCAAAACCUCCUCCAGCAAAAAAAGCAUAAAAAGCCAAAGCCUGAAGAAUGCUGUGCAGCCCGAGUAA